GAACGUUUAAGCAAGUUCCCCAAUGAUGGGCAUGUCGUUACUGUAGCUGGGAAUCUGGAAUUCCAAAGAAUAAUCCACUUGGUAAAUGUAAACGCAGAGACCAUUGUGACACUGGUUAAAAAAGCUCUGAAGGCCUGUGACCAGUUCAAUUUGGCAUCUGUUUCCUUCCCAGCCAUUGGGGCUGGUGAUGGUCUUGAUGCCCAGAUCGCCAUCAAAUCAAUGAUAAAAGGGAUUGAAGAUUACAUGACCAAUCCAGCCAUCAUGACCAUCAUCUCGAAGAUUGUCAUUAUUACCAGAGAGCGCAAUGAUUACGACGAGUACCUAAAGUUUCUUCAAAACUACCAGACUAAUUACCCUCACUUUGUGGCCUUCGGAAAAACAAUAGAGUUGAUAAAAGGAGACAUCACGGACCAGGCCGUGGACUGCGUUUUGAACCUUACAAAUCAAACAUUAAAUCAGUCUUCUGGUGUUUCUGGAGCUAUAUUGUCUGCUGCUGGUGACACGGUUAAAGAAGAAUGCAGCAGAAUCGGAGUGUUGGGUCCUGAAGAUGCUGCAAUAACCAGCGGUGGAAAUCUUAAAGCUAAGCAUAUCAUGCACAUUAUUGGACCAACGGCAGUGCCAGCCUAUGAACCUUCUAUAGACAUGAUUCUACUUCAAUGUCAUGAGAGCAAGUUCAACAGCCUUGCUCUGCCAGCCAUAGGAACAGGCAUGGCUCGUGUUGACCCUGAAGCAUCCAUUAAGGCAAUAUUGAAUAGCAUUUUGAAUUACUUACUGGAGGCAUUGGUGCCAACUCUGGAAAGAAUCAGCAUAAUUGUUAUUCAAGAAAAGAUUUACAAGACCUACCUUAAGGUUUUCCAAGCCAAAUGCACUGAGAUCCAGGCAAUGCAACGGGAGGAAAGGAUUUUAGCUGCAAUACAAGCUCAGGUCAAAAUUAAGUACCCGUUAACAUGGACGAACAUUAGUACAGCAGAACUUUCAGAAGUGACUUUGAUGGAAAAUUCAGAAGAAUACCAAAAAGUAAAAAGUGAUUUCAUUGCAACUUCCACACCAGGCUCAUUUCAAGUCCUGAAGAUACAAAGGAUUCAACACUUGAAACUGUGGCAGAGCUUCUGGAUUAACAAAAUGGCCGUGGACCGCAAAAAUCCAGGAAAGCGGAACAUACGCCAUCUUUACCAUGGCACAGCAUCUGACAACAUCAAAAACAUUAACCAAGGAGGCUUUAAUCGCAGUUAUUGUGGAGUGCACGGAACAGCCAAAGGAUACGGCACAUACUUUGCUGUGCGGUCCAAUUACUCUUGUGGCAACACCUAUUCUGCUCCUGAUGGUAACGGGCACAAGUUCGUCUACCAGGCUGCAGUGAUAACUGGAAAGUAUUGUCAAGGAGACUACAAGUUAAAAGAGCCUCCCCACCUCGAUAGUGGCCCCAGCAGUGACCGCUUUGAUUCUGUGGCAGACAAAAUCGAAGCCACAACAUAUUUUGUUGUGUUCCACGAUGACUACGCCUACCCAGAAUACCUGAUCACUUUUAAAUCCUGCUAGUGAUUCCUAGAAUAUUGCCAAAAUAACCUUCCAAAACUGUAACGGCUUGCC